AUGAUUACCGCCGAGGCAUUGGAUUCGAAUAAACCACGGAUAUUGAAAAGUCCUAAGAGCAUCACCGAAGCUUACGAUCCAAUCAUUAGUGUAAAGAGGGAUCAUGAUGCGAGGGCGCAAGAAGACACUGCGGAAUCCACCCCUCGUGUAGAAUCAUGUAAGGCGCUUCGUAAGAGUACAGUUCAUUUUAUUUUUAUGCAACCUAAGAAAUGGGAUCAAGGAGGCCUGCAGGAUAUUUUAGAAAUCUGGAAGAGCAACGCUGAUCUGAUUCGACACAUGAUCCUUAUAGCACCGUCGAGCCCUUGCACUGGGUCUUCUGUGUUGUUUGAAACCCACGAGGAAGUGCUUCGGCCAUUCUUCGCUUGCGAGUUUGCAAAACCGGCGGUAGAACAAUUCCUCUCUAUGCCGUCGCCAAAAAUACCUAUGUGGAUCUCGGGCUUCGUCCAGCAUGGGGUCGUAAGGGUGAACAAGCUCAAACUGUUCUUGAUCUGUCUGAUAUGCGGGACGAUCUUUGCUUAUGCUAAAAAAGUCAUUGAGUAUGUGGAAGUCGUUAUAGUCAUCACCAAGGAUACAGACUAUGGAGAAAUGCUUGUCUUGGUGAACCGGUCUGCUUUAGAAGCGUCUGAUCGCCGUCGCUUGAUGGUUGGGGGCAGUGGAUUUGAGGACUUAUAG